GCUAGAUUUGCGAACGUUGCUUGCCAUAAACAAAACGGUCGGUGCGUUCGCCUGGUCGAAUUGGUGUUGUAGGACAAAAUCGGAAAAAAACUUGACGUUCCGAUGACGAAUCUAAUGACCUGAAACCGAAGAAGCGAGAGCAGCGAGGGAAGGCAGAGAAAAACCGCCAAUCAAUUUCACACAUUGCAUAGAUGAAAAUUGAAACAGCCGACAACAAAGCAUCGUCAGCAGCGACGCUGACUGAGGCAGGGACGUUGACGCUGGUGGGCUCAUUGAUUACAUUUUCAUAAUCAACGAAAUAUCCCACAUCCACAAAUAAGAAAUAGAAGACACCGCAGAGCAGGUCUCCCGUCAAUGGUCUCAAUGAGCAUCGCAUAAUGGCAGCAGCACCUGAAUCGUGUGGAGCACGCGAUUCCAACGAACCGUCGACAGAGGAGGAGGGGGCGUUCGAUUCGGAGGCGGAGCGGUUCCAGUUGGAAAUGACAGACUCCAAUCGCGCAUUGGAUUCCCAAGAGGCGGAGACGGAGGUAGACCCAAAUCCAGAUGCAGAUUCUGCCGCCGCUGGAGCUGACCAACAAAGGCAAAACGGGGAUCAAAUACAGCUGCAGUCGCUGGAACCGAUCUCCUUGGAUGACAUACCUGAGCCCAUUAAAGUCCUCGACGAGAUCAUUUCGGAGUUCGAGGAGGCAGCAACGAAACCGGUGGCCUUGCACAGCAACAGUGGCGAGAAUCAGUCCGAGGACGACGGAUACAUGAGUCUUAGUCGCAAAAACAUGUCCAAAAAGGACUCCGAAGAUGUGCCCCAAACACCCAGCACUGACACUGUGCCCGAAGGAAGUUUUAAUGAGGUGGAUGGCACAGCUGAGAAUCUAACCAAAUUGUCUGAGGUGGAACACGGACAGGAAACUACGACGCCCCUCAUUCAGACAACGCUGCCGAAGGUACGGGGUUCCAGCUCGACCCCAGCCACCAACUCAAACUACUCAAGUCUACCGUGCUGUGGGGCCAGGGCCUCGAAUUUAGGUGGAGCUUCCGCUGCCAAUUCCUCAAGUGGAUUGGCGGCUAUACGACACCCGGGCAGCUGCAACGGCGGACGCAACGCACUAGGCAUCGACAUCAGUGCCGUCCAUAAUGCUGUGCUCCGUGGCAAUCUGGCCAAGCUGCCGGAGCCCUUCGUCAACGAACACCCGGUGACCAUCUACCCCGGUCCGUCCUCCAAGGCUUCCGGAGGGGAGGGGGCUCGUAGUAAACGACUGCUCAGCUCAGUGGAGAAGCACAAAGAGGUGUGCCACAUGCUCAAUCCCCAUUCCAGCAGCUCAACCUCCUCGUCCGGUUCACAACACACGUCCAGCGAGGAGGCAUCACCUGCUGCUUCUCACGUCAAUGUGGCGACUCCGAAGGCCAUUGGCAGGGAUGAGGACUACUCGGAGGACUCACUGGAGGAGUCCACCAUCUCCACGGACCUCACCCCUGUAAAGCAGAACGGAGUCGCAUGGGAGAUCCAUUUCAAGAGCAAUAAGAAGAAGUCCAGUGGCACCAAAAAGGCGUCUGGAGCCGCCUCCAAGAAGAAAUCCAACAACUUAGAUGAUUUUAAUAACAGCUUUGUGUACAACGAGCAGAGUAUGCUGGGCAAGGGAACUUUUAUUAUACGCCGUUCCACAGCCAAAAAACCGCCCCGUGCCGCAGAUGUGUUUUGCAUACCGAAGCCGCCUCGUCCCUCGUUGGCUGAGAAAGCUGGAUCUGGAGUCAAAGUUGGAGCGGGAGCGAUCAGUAAUGAGUUUUACACGAGCGACAGCGAGCAGAGUGAUGCCACUCCACUGCCCCUGCCGCCGCCACCUGUCUCCUCUGAAAAGAACUUCGUUUAUAACGAGUGCGAGCCUACUGCGGCGAAUUCACGCCGAGGUAUGGAGAUAGCCGCUGCUCAUAGGGCUGCUUUAUCGCUGGACAUCGCCGAAGCACCGGACCAACUAGGCCACUGCAAGCCGGUCAAGAGCAAGACCGCGAUGCUGACCGAAAAGCGUCUGAGCGCCGAGUCCAUGCCGGACAACACUUCAAGCAGCGAGGAGUUCGAUGAGGCUCGUCUCAAUGGAAACGGAAGCUACGAGCUGUACGCAUACAACGGAAAUGAUCAACGAGUUUCCAACGCCACCACUCCACACACCGAUCUAGCCCCAACUUUAGAAGAGGAUGAGGAACUGUCCGACUUUAGCUAUGGGUGUGCUUCUUUGAUGCAAAUUGAACACAACGUCAACGCAUUGCUGCGCGGAGACAUUCAAAUUAUUGGCCAAUCGGCGGCCUGCAAUGGAAGUGGAUCCGCUUUAGCCGCUGCUACAGCUGCUGAGUUGCACGCCAAGCGAAUACUGGAGUUUAGGCCUGGAGUCCAUAAAUCCGAGAGUGCCAAGGAGAUGCUGUUGUCGCAGAUGCCCGGCCUGGGCCCCCUUCCUCCAUCGCCGCCAAGCUCUAAUCCGGAUUUAUUUGACUACGAUGCCCCACUGCCGCCAUCCCCGGUGGAACCGCGAAAGCAGUUAGAUCUUCCGGCAGUGGUGGCGGCGAGUGCCCCUCCCGCGAACCGUGGCACUACAGUAGUUGAGGUGCAUGCCACCGCCUCGGGAGCGGCGGUGCACAGUAGCAACAGCCACACGCGCCGCAGUCGCGACAACGUUGCAGCCGUGCGACACUUCACCGACGAGCUGCCACCGCCACCGGCUCCUGCCCAUCAAACUGCAAGCUUCUUGGACGGCCUAUCUGGGCCGCCAAUUGUGCCCCCGCAUCGAGCCACUGGAGGUCAUUCGGCCAACACCAUGAAAUCCUGGAGUAUUGACUCGCAGUACCGCAAGCGAUCGCCCAAGCUUUUUGGCCACUAUAGCAGUGGUGGCAGUGGGAUAACAACGCCCACCGGGCUGGGUCCGAUGCCUCCACUGCCACCACCACCCCUUGAAGGAAUGGUGGGUGGUUCCGGGUCUUAUCAACGACGGUACAUUAAUUAUGGCACCAAGCGCAGUCUGAAGCAGUCCCCGCGCGAGGAGCACCGCCUGCAAACCUCAUGUAGUCUUCCAGAAACGCCAAUAUUUGCCAGAGGCUGUGACAUACCACGUACGCCAUAUAGACGCCAAAACGAGCCGCUGCCAGUGGUCAGCGGUUCCCGCACAGCUCCCAGGUCAAGCACAUCAAACAGCAUCAACAUGGGCACUUCAGUUUUGGGGAUUGGGGGCAGUAACUAUGGAACAGCCCAAAUUUGCCGCCAGCGCUCUAUCAACCAUGCUUUGGCCUCCAAUGAGAUGCUACGCAUGACCGGAGCCCCGGCUCGCGGAUGGUAUCCCAAACAACGGGGAAUGCGCCCAGCCUCCACCGAGAACAUAGAUCGCCUGGCCUCCGUGCGGGUGUGGGAUAAUCCGGCGGGCAUGUCGGGCACCGGACAAUCGCGCAAGCCCUUAACACUGCCACCAAAUCUCACGCCUUCCUUCCUAAACAAAUCACCCCGCGAGGCACUGCGGCGGGUGACAAGUUUGUUGAUAACCAAAAAGAAAAACAGCAAGGAUCGGAAGCAUAAGGCCUAUUGCGACCAGCUUAUGGAUGAUAACAACAGCAAGCCAGCCUUUGAAUUCGAAACGGGAUCCUCCAAGCGCAAGGAUACCAGUCGCAAGGACAACAUAGCCUCGGGAGUGACCACUAAUACCAAACCUAAGAAGAAGGGCCUCUUUAAAUCCCUUUGGAAACGUUCGAAAACCGCCUCCUUGGAUCAGUAGAGAACUCCUCGCAGGCAAGGCUAAGCACUGCCCCAAAAUUUAUGUAUACCAUAAGCGUAUAAUAGCAUCGAAAAUGAUAAUAACCCUGCACUUACAUUCACGUUGUUCGGGUCGCAAGUUGAGAUUUUUUCUGUGCACCCACCCACCCAUUCACCUGCUCAUCCGAUCAGCAAAACUUUCUCACGCUCGUGUUCGUUCACCUUGAAACUAAUUGAAGCAAUUUUGUAUACCAUCGUAUUGUAUAUCGGUCAUAUAGUAAUGAGAAAACUGAAUAAUUCAAAUGCACAAAAGCCGUGAAUCGUAAAGACUGAAAAUGAAAAUGAAAAAGCGUUAAACAAAGGAAAUUUAAGCGAAAUCGAAAAUAUGAAGGUCAAUGAAAUUAACUGAACAUAUGCAAACAAUAUUCCACUCUCACAAAGUAAAGAAAAUAAAACGAAGUUGAAUGUAUCGCGCGGCUAUAGUAUAAUGUUUGUCCGGUCUCCCAAGACCUUGAACUUGUUAAAAGAAAAAUGAAUGCAAUUAUUCUAUGGCCGUACAACCAAAACAUUACCGAAUGAACGCAACCUUGGGCGCAGCAGAAAAUUUAUAACUUAUACAAGCACUGAAUUUAUAUAACGUAUAGAGAUAUGAGCGCUAUAUAUAUAGUUUGGACUAUAACUGAACCGUUUAGGGUUCUAGGCAACAUUACUUACUUUACGAAGACGUUUAGUUUUUUAGGUACUUUUUGUGUGGUUGAGAAAUAUGUUUGGGUUUGAUAUCUGUUUUCCUGUUUUCCAUAUUGGUCAGGGGACUUAAAGGAGGUGAAUUACGGGAAAAGUGCAAUUACAGACGAUGUAUUCUAAUCGAAAGUCCGUUGCGUUGCCCAACAAGCCCUGAUAAAAAAUAAACCCAGUCACAAUAAUAAGCAAGAGCCUAAAAUCUAAUACGUAUAAUAUUUCCAAAAACUGAAAAAGAAUGAAGUUAAGCCCUCCACAUUUCAAAGAAUGUUUGAUAAUAAAAACGAGUUCGAAAUUGAUUUAAUCCAUACAACAUUAAAAUGUAAAAUUAAUGCUCAAGACGAUUUUACCAGAGGAAGCAUUUUGAUCGAGAAUGAAGUUGGGAGGUUAGAGAAAAAAGCUGCAAUAUGAAACGACAAAACUGUAAUCGUUUACUAGUCAUUAAAUAUUAAAAAUGAAAAACAGAAAAAGGAUAUAUAUAUAUAUGGAAGAUAACAUAUUUUUUAUUAACACUCACUGAGACGCCAAGAAUAAACGUUUUGGCAGCAUUUUAUGAGCAGGAGCUGGCCCCCAAGAGCAAGUUGAAAGUAUUAUUAACGAUUUAUAUUAUAUGCUAUAGCAAGUUGGUAUUUAUUAUAAUUAAUGAUAUAUGUACAAUUAUUUGAAUUAACAUUAUUGAAUAUAUUUUUUAGAAAAGUAGCAUGAAACGAAAUAAAAUUAUUAAAAACAAAAGUAA